GUAGGUGGGGUCUGAGAAGGAGCACUCGGGGUCGCCUGCCGCGGGGGGAGUUGUGCAGGGACGGGGUGAGGACCUGGUUGUCCGCGAUCCUUAAGGACCGAGGACCCAGGUGAGCCAAACUCCACCUUUGGGUGGGUCGCUGUCCAGCGUGGAUCACCCCCUGCGAAGGAAACCCCGCCCCCGCUGCUCCUGCGCGCCCCGCCCAGGCCCGCAGCGCGGCUGCAGCGCGAGGGGCGGAGAGGCACAGCGCGGCGAGAGGACCAGACGCCCAGGUCGCCCGCCCGCAUCCACUGCCGCAGGAGACCCAGCGCGCGCCUUCGCCCGGGCGUCCCGGCUGCUUCCUUGGCCCCCGCGACAGAUCGCCUGCCCUCCGCCUCGACCCCGGCUCAGCGCUCCCUCCCUCCGGAGCACACGCUACACCCCGUGCAGCCCCAAGACCUGCCCCCCAGCCCCUCGUCGGCGACCACCAUGGCGGAGACCAACAACGAAUGCAGCAUCAAGGUGCUUUGCCGAUUCCGGCCCCUGAACCAGGCGGAGAUUCUGCGGGGGGACAAGUUCAUCCCCAUUUUCCAAGGGGACGACAGCGUCAUUAUUGGGGGAAAGCCGUAUGUCUUCGAUCGCGUGUUCCCCCCGAACACGACUCAGGAGCAAGUUUAUCAUGCGUGUGCCAUGCAGAUCGUCAAAGACGUCCUUGCUGGCUACAAUGGCACAAUUUUUGCAUAUGGACAGACAUCCUCAGGGAAAACACAUACCAUGGAGGGAAAGCUGCACGACCCUCAGCUGAUGGGAAUCAUUCCUCGGAUUGCUCGAGACAUCUUCAACCACAUCUACUCCAUGGAUGAGAACCUCGAAUUCCACAUUAAGGUUUCUUACUUUGAGAUUUACCUGGAUAAGAUCCGAGACCUUUUGGACGUGACCAAGACAAACCUGUCUGUGCACGAGGACAAAAACCGGGUGCCGUUUGUCAAGGGCUGUACCGAACGCUUCGUGUCCAGCCCGGAGGAGAUUCUGGAUGUGAUCGACGAAGGGAAGUCGAACCGUCACGUGGCCGUCACCAACAUGAACGAGCACAGCUCUCGGAGUCACAGCAUCUUCCUCAUCAACAUCAAGCAGGAGAACAUCGAGACUGAGCAAAAGCUCAGCGGGAAGCUGUACCUUGUGGACCUGGCCGGGAGCGAGAAGGUCAGCAAGACUGGCGCGGAGGGGGCUGUGCUGGAUGAGGCCAAGAAUAUCAACAAGUCGCUGUCGGCCCUGGGGAACGUGAUCUCCGCCCUGGCUGAGGGCACGAAAAGCUACGUGCCCUACCGCGACAGCAAGAUGACGCGGAUUCUCCAGGACUCUCUGGGAGGGAACUGCAGGACAACCAUGUUCAUCUGCUGCUCGCCCUCCAGCUACAACGACGCCGAGACCAAGUCCACCCUGAUGUUCGGGCAGCGGGCAAAGACUAUUAAGAACACUGCCUCGGUGAACCUGGAGUUGACUGCUGAGCAAUGGAAGAAGAAAUACGAGAAGGAGAAGGAGAAGACCAAGGCCCAGAAGGAGACCAUUGCGAAGCUGGAGGCCGAGCUGAGCCGGUGGCGCAAUGGAGAGAACGUGCCUGAGACCGAGCGCCUGGCUGGGGAGGAUUCAGCUCUGGGAUCUGAGCUCUGCGAGGAGACGCCCGUGAACGACAACUCAUCCAUCGUGGUCCGCAUCGCCCCGGAGGAGAGGCAGAAGUACGAGGAAGAGAUCCGUCGCCUCUACAAACAGCUGGACGACAAGGAUGAUGAGAUCAACCAGCAGAGCCAGCUCAUUGAGAAGCUGAAGCAGCAGAUGCUGGACCAGGAGGAGCUGCUGGUGUCUACUCGGGGAGACAAUGAGAAGGUCCAGCGGGAGCUAAGCCACCUGCAGUCCGAGAACGACGCCGCCAAGGACGAGGUGAAGGAAGUUCUUCAGGCUCUGGAGGAGCUGGCCGUCAACUAUGACCAGAAGUCCCAGGAGGUGGAGGAGAAGAGCCAGCAGAACCAGCUGCUGGUGGACGAGCUGUCCCAGAAGGUGGCCACCAUGCUGUCCCUGGAGUCCGAGCUACAGCGACUCCAGGAGGUCAGUGGACACCAGCGAAAACGGAUCGCCGAGGUACUGAAUGGGCUGAUGAAGGACCUGAGUGAGUUCAGUGUCAUCGUGGGCAACGGUGAGAUUAAGCUGCCAGUGGAGAUCAGCGGGGCCAUCGAAGAGGAGUUCACCGUGGCCCGACUCUACAUCAGCAAAAUCAAAUCGGAGGUCAAGUCUGUGGUGAAGCGGUGCCGGCAGCUGGAGAACCUCCAGGUGGAGUGUCACCGCAAGAUGGAGGUGACUGGGCGGGAGCUGUCGUCCUGCCAACUGCUCAUCUCACAGCAUGAGGCCAAGAUCCGUUCGCUCACGGAAUACAUGCAGAGUGUGGAGCUGAAGAAGAGACAUCUGGAAGAGUCCUACGAUUCCCUGAGCGAUGAACUAGCCAAGCUUCAGGCGCAGGAAACUGUGCAUGAAGUGACCCUGAAAGACAAGGAGCCAGACACACAGGAUGCAGAGGAAGUGAAGAAGGCCCUGGAGCUGCAGAUGGAGAAUCACCGUGAGGCCCAUCACCGGCAGCUGGCCCGACUCCGGGAUGAGAUCAAUGAGAAGCAGAGGACCAUCGAUGAACUUAAAGACCUGAACCAGAAGCUGCAGCUGGAGCUGGAGAAGCUUCAGGCUGAUUAUGAGAGGCUGAAGAACGAGGAGCAUGAGAAGAGCGCCAAACUCCAGGAGCUGACAUUUCUCUACGAGCGACAUGAGCAGUCCAAGCAGGACCUCAAGGGGCUGGAGGAGACAGUCGCCCGGGAACUCCAGACCCUCCACAACCUUCGCAAGCUGUUCGUUCAAGACGUCACGACUCGAGUCAAGAAAAGUGCAGAAAUGGAGCCCGAGGACAGUGGGGGGAUUCACUCCCAGAAGCAGAAGAUCUCCUUUCUUGAGAACAACCUGGAGCAGCUUACUAAAGUUCACAAACAGCUGGUACGUGACAAUGCAGAUCUGCGUUGUGAGCUUCCAAAACUGGAAAAACGACUUAGGGCUACGGCUGAGAGAGUUAAGGCCCUGGAGGGUGCACUGAAGGAGGCCAAGGAGGGCGCCAUGAAGGACAAGCGCCGGUACCAGCAGGAGGUGGACCGGAUCAAGGAGGCCGUGCGGUACAAAAGCUCCGGGAAGCGGGGCCAUUCCGCCCAGAUCGCUAAGCCUGUGAGGCCUGGCCACUACCCGGCCUCUUCGCCCACCAACCCCUACGGCACCCGGAGCCCCGAGUGCAUCAGUUACACCAACAACCUCUUCCAGAACUACCAGAACCUGCAUCUGCAGGCUGCACCCAGCUCCACCUCAGAUAUGUACUUUGCUAACUCCUGUGCCAGCAAUGGAGCCACAUCCGGCGGCCCCUUAGCUUCCUACCAGAAGGCCAACAUGGACAACGGAAACGCCACAGACAUCAACGACAACAGGAGUGACCUGCCAUGCGGCUAUGAGGCUGAGGACCAGGCCAAGCUUUUCCCCCUCCACCAAGAGACAGCAGCCAGCUAACUCCCAUGCCUGGCUACGUAUCUGCACUUUCAGUUUCUAAGAGGGACUGAGGCCUCUUCUCUCAGCAUGCUGCACACCCUGUGGUCUCUGACACUAGCUCCCUCUCCAGCCUGUGUUGUUGGACUGUCGAUGUCCUCCUCCUCCUCCUCCUCCUCCAUAUCUUUGUACUCUGUAUCUAUACACGAGAAGCUGCUGCUGUGUCUCCCUCUCUGUCGUCCUCUCUGAGUACCUGGUGAUGUAGGUAGCGGUUUUUAUGCCUAGCCUCCCCUCCUCGUUCGGUGUUAGGGAGGAGGGGAAUGUCUUCUUCUUUCUCCCAUACACUCGUUUCUUACACCGAGUGAUGUUCGUCACCGAGUAGAGGUCACAAGAUGAUAAAGGAAAAAUAUGAGCUAGGAGGCUGUGAUCCUUCUUGCUCACAAACACACACACACACACACACACACACACACACACACACACACAGUGUACAUACAAAGCCUUAAGCAGAAGAAUGUCUUAGCAUCUACGAAAAGAGAGAAACAGAACCCCCCCCCCCUUUACAGAGCACAGAGGAGGACCCAGAGGAAGGGUUGGUAGAUUAUCCCGGCCCCCAUACGCCCUUCACCCAAGUCAGGAGACAGCGGGAACUUACUUCCGUCCUAUGGAGUCUGCCUUUUGCUCCCUUCCCCCCCAGUCUGGGAGCGUGGAUGGCUCUAGGGACUAUUCCCCUUUCUGCCCCGAGCCUCUUUUGAUACCGUCUACUUUAGAAAUCACAACCAGAACUUAGAGUCGAUAUAAAAAAAAAAAUAUUCUGAAAAGUCAAGGAGGCAGAC